CCUCUAUUGGCAAGCGUUUGGCGGACAACUCUAGACAACCUCAAUUUCAAAGUCCAAUUGCUACAGGGGGCAAGCGUUAUUGCUUACGGCUACGAUACUUUACGGAAUUGAAAGAUAGUCAAAGAGUAUUCGUGAUAAUCGUACGUCAUGGGUGAAGCACAGAGUCCUCCGCGACUCAGCCCAAGAAAGAAGCGGGCACAGAAGCCCCUCGGCAAUGGCUUCUUCGGCGGUAUCAAAGAAACACCAGGCAGAGCGGCGCCCCCUCUUUCGAGUGCAGCACCUUCCUCAUCGCCGGCCUUUGCGACGCCUGCUCACACCUUGCGGCCUUUCAACCCACAAAAGCCCGCCGGGGCGGCCGUCCUCCCGAUCCUUUUACCGCCAGCAACACUGCGCCCGUUGGCCUUCCGAACCUUUACCAAAAAGCACAGCCUGACCCUCACGUCUUCUGCUCUGCAAGAGCUGGCGUCCUUUGUUGGUCGGCAUUGCGGGUCGGGAUGGCGUGAGGAGGGGCUUGCUGAGCGUGUGCUCGAAGAGGUGGCAAAAUCAUGGAAGGCUGCCAAUGGCGGGGUGAUAGUCGAUGGGGCAAGCUCCGUCCUAAAGGACAUCCUCAAGACGUUGGAAGGCAACAUGGUCGGGGGCAAAAUUGUGACUGGGGCAGGAAAGGGCUUGGCUCGACAGAACAGUCUUCUCCUGGACCCCUCGAGGGAACCGGAUUAUUCUUCUACCACCCGCUUGGGCCUGAGACCAUCUAUUGCACUCCAACGGGAUGACAGCCAGUCUAGCAUGGGCAUGUCUGGGCUCAAUUUCGAGGAAGAGCCGGAAGAAGACACCCUCAGCGAUCCAAGAAAGUGGUUGAAGGUAGUUGGGGCAUAUGAACAGCCACGGAUGGUUUAUAAUGUGGCCAAAAAACACUUUGAGAGGGAUGCCUCUAAACCUUCUAUAUUACCGACAGCUUCUCAUAAAACCCUUUUGUUUCGCAAUCGAUUUAAUGUUAUCCACCAGCGCCUCCUUCGUAAUGAAGCCUUUCAGACAUCCGCCGUUGCCGACACCAAACGUGUUGCACUUUCUCGCUCAACAUCAGCCCUCUCAUCACAACAAUCAUAUAAAAUCACACCCAUCGCCAACCUACUUGGCCGCCAUGGCAGUCACCAUAUGCUUUUAGGAAUGUUGGUGAUAAUGCCGGCAGGCAACCUUGCCGUUAGUGACCUUACCGGAACCAUUGCGCUAGAUGUCACCCAAGCAGCCACCAUUCCCGACGAUUCUUCAUGGUUUACCCCAGGGAUGGUUGUGCUCAUCGAUGGUGUCUACGAGGAGGAGGAUGACCAUACCGCCAAGGGCCUGAGUGGCAGCAGCGGAAUUGGUGGCACCAUUGGCGGUCGAUUUCAGGGCUUCUUCAUUGGCCAACCGCCAUGCGAGAAGAGGCGAGCGACACUUGGUGUCAGUGGACCAGAAGGCGAUGGACUGGAGCACACCAUAGGGGGUGGCUUCGGAUGGAUUGACUUUCUUGGGGUCGGGAGUGAGCGCGCGAUGGGCCCAAGGAUGCGAAAGCUGGAAAGACGCUUGUUGCGACAACCACAGCUUUCUCGACAAGAUUUGGCUGCGUCGGUACUGGAGUCUAGCAUCUCCUCAACACUCCCCAGGCGCGGCCGAAUGAUCAUCCUGGGCGAGCUGAAUCUGGACCAGCCUCGUGCUUUACAGGCGCUGCGCAAGAUUCUGGCAACAUAUGCCAACGAGACAGACAACGAUGGCAGCGAAGAAGACGGCGCCGACGAUUCCGUCGCAAGCACGAAACCUAUCAAGGCCACGACACCUUUGGCCUUUGUUCUUUUAGGAAACUUUUCAUCACAGGCCGUCAUGGCUCGGAACGGAGCUGGUGGAGGUGGCGGAGGUGGAUCCGGUGGGCUAACCGGUAGCGGCGGAGGUGGUAGCAUCGAGUACAAAGAAUAUUUCGAUUCACUCGCGGGCACUCUGGCCGAAUUCCCCUCGCUCUUACGAGAAUCGACAUUCGUCUUUGUUCCAGGCGAUAACGAUGGCUGGGCCUCAUCGUUCGGUGCAGGCGCCGCGGUGCCCCUACCUCGCAAGGCCGUCCCAGACCUCUUCACCUCACGAGUCCGUCGCGCCUUUGCCACCGCUAACUCUGAGGGCGCUUCGUCACGGGCAAACGCGCCUGGGGGCGAGGCCGUCUUUACGACCAAUCCGAGUCGCAUGACGCUCUUCGGUCCAAAUCACGAGAUAGUGCUCUUCCGCGAUGAUAUAUCAGCGCGCCUACGGCGGAGCGCUGUGCGGCUCAAAGGCUCGUCCUCUACCUCCUCUGGGCCGGAACACGAAAACAAAGAGGUGCGCAUGUCUGACGACGCCCCGGCAGGAGGAGACAUGGAACUCGACGAACAGCCUGACCCGGCUGUGGAGAGCGCAGCUGCAAAACAGCCGAGCCCAGACGUGGUCCCUCACGAUGUCCGCGCUGCCCAGAAGCUCGUCAAAACGAUCCUGGAUCAGGGAUAUUUGGCACCAUUCCGCACAGCUAUCCGCCCCGUACACUGGGAUCACGCCUCGGCGCUACACCUAUAUCCCCUACCCACUGCACUAAUAAUGGCCGACGCCACGGCGCCGCCGUUUUGUGUGACGUACGAGGGUUGCCACGUCAUGAACCCUGGGCCGCUACUCGUGCCAGGGAGGAGAGGAGUUGCCAGAUGGGUUGAGUAUAAUGUUGGCCACCGAGGAAAUGUUAAAGAGUGUUUGUUUUGAUUUUUUGUUGACAUGAUGGACGGUUUACGUAGUACCCACGACGGGAGUUUCAUGAGCAGUGAUGGAACUAGAUUAAGGUUGUGGGUGGUGCAAGGCGUUCUUUUUUGGUGGGGAUAUACCAGAUUCAUAUGUGUAUGGGAUAGCUACCUAGGCAUGCCUGAGCUUGUAUAGAUGACGAUAAUGCC